CAAGGAGGUAACACCCCUGCAGCUUCACAAGCACCCCUCGCUCCCAUAGAUCCCGGGGCGAUGGCAAGAUUUUUGCCCAAAGAACCGACGAAUCAAAACCAACUUCCAACACUUACAAUCGCUACAUCCAAUGUUCCUGUGAUAACCAAAGGCAACAUUAUUAUCGCUGAUCCAACAACGGGGGGCGGGGGUAAUGGGGGAGGCAACGGUGGAAGUAACGGGGGUGGAGGGAACAAUGGAGGCGGGGGAAACAAUGGAGGAUGGGGCAACGGCGGAAUUAACGGUGGGUCUGGUAACAAUGGUGGUGGAGGUAAUGGUGGAUGGGGAAAUAACGGUGGGAACAAUGUCGGCUGGCCACCUUUCACAAACAAUCCUAUAUUUUCUAUUGUUGACACCAUGGCGAGGAAAACUGUGUUAAGGAGACUGAAGUGUAAAACUGUGUCCCAGGUCUAUGGGUUCGGAAAGUUUUUAUCCCCUUGUUAUGAUGGUUGUCCAAUGACCCACAAUUGUAUUCCAAUUGAUCCCAGAAGAAGACGAUCUAUAGGUUAUUGUUGUCCCUAUCCUGUGACAGAAGAGUGGGUAAAAAUCAAAACAAUGUUGUCUCGAUAUGGGACAUUCUCAGAGAUGAUGAGUUAGUGUACAGAUUCUCGGACUAUAAGACGGAUAUCGGACUAUCUAUUAUUGGUACCUGUAUUCUGUAGACUAUAUUUGGUGGUAGACUGGAUUAAUCUUCUGAUUAAGGAUAUCUAAUAACGUGCUGGAGAUCAAUUUAACCAAUUGUUCUGUGCUUCGUGGAGUUUUGAAAUCGAAGAGUUAAAAUUUCGUUGAUUAACUUUUAAUUCCUCAUUUCGUUUAUUCUAUGAGACAGUGGAGCCUGGAGAUAGUGUUAAAAGUUAGUGUUGACGACAUAAUACAAUGUUAUCUUUAUAAUGUUAAGUUUUUGUGAACUUCGUUUUUAUACCUGGACUGUAAUGACCACCUUAAUGUAUCAUUGAGCUUUGUAAAUUUUGAUUGGAUUGUUGGAUUGAAAAUCUGUAAACACUAAGCCAUAAUAUCGGGGGCUAUAAUUGACUUGUGGCAAAUGCAGUCAAGGUAUAAGAUGAAGUUCGUAAUAGCUUGACAUUGUGUAGAUAGGACAAUGUAGGAACAAUACAAUCUGCUAGUUAGUUUCAUUAUGAUGUAUAUACAUGGAAUAUGAAGAUUAAAUAUUCUGUAAAUC